AUGUCUAUUCAACAAUACUCCACAAUGAUUGUUCCAUUAAUGGAAAAUAUAUUACAUGAAUUCUUUUUAAGAAGACUUGGAGAAGCUCAAGCAAAAUAUGAAACAAUGUUACCAUUAUUUAAAGAUGGAGAAUAUAUUGAAAAUAUUCAACAAAUUCUUCACUCAUCUUUUUGGAAUUAUAAAGCUACUCCUGUUUCUAGUGAUUUGGAAGGAUUACAAGCUAUUCAAUGUAUUAAUAGUUAUUGUAAAAUAUCAAUUAGAUUUAUUGAAGAGGUAUUAAAACUUAUUUUAAAUUCUUUAGAUCCUAAAGUCCCAAACCCACAAUUAUUAAGUGUUUUAGUUUCUUUACUAGUUAAUUGUAAAACAAGUCAUCAUCGUCAUAAACAUUAUUUUAUGACUUACACAAUGGAAAUGAAUGAAUUAUUAUUAUGUUCUCCAUUUCUAAGAACAACUCAAUCCUAUUUAUCACAAAUUGUAUCUUUACCAAUAAAUUCUUCAGUUUAUAGAAGACUAAGAGAAUUUUUCCAGGAUAGAACAGUUAUUAUAAAUUAUCUUGAAAUUCCUCAAUUUUAUCAAAUUAUUUCAUUAUUAAAUUUCCAUAUGUCUCCUUCAAUGUUUUCUCAUAUUGUUAAUGAUUUUGAAUUAAAGAAAAAUAUAUCAAGAAGAUGUCUUGUUGAUUAUUUUCUUUAUUCAACAAUGAUUUAUAAUGAUUCAAUUGAAGUAAAACAAUUAAAAGAAGAUUAUCCUAUUUGUUAUUGUUGUAUGACUAAUGCAUUAUUAUUUAAUCCACAAGGUGUAUUUGAUUUAGUUAGACGUAAUUUCCAAAGAUCAGAAACAUAUAUAUCAAUGCUUUUUGAGCAUUAUUUUAAUGUAAAUGACUAUCCUGACUUUAUUCAAAAAUUACUCCAAUUAGACUUAUCUACUUCUAAUCUUCCAUAUCCAACUCUAACAAUAAUAUCAUUUAUCGUAAUGUUAUUAAGACAUUCUGCUUUAUCAGAAGAUGCAUAUUUAAUAAUUGAAAAGAUAUUACAUAAUAAAUCUAUGUUAACAACAUAUAUCGAACAAUCAAAUGUAUUGAUUGAAAAAUUUAAUGAAAUUCCUGAAGAUUUUAUUGCCCAAAUGAUUACUACUGAUAUGAAAAUUUUAUUUGACUUAGUUUGUCAUCCUCAUUCAUUAUAA